CUGUGAAGUUAGAGCAUCAUAAACCCCUGACAAAAAUUCUCGUCCAAUUCGAUGUCGAUCGCCUGAUUAUGACAUUUUUCAACCAUUACCUCGAAAUGCCACGAGCUACAGAAUUAACUGACUUUGAGCGUGGGAUUAUUGUUGGUCUACACUUGGGAGGAAAACAUACACAUCAGGAGAUAGCUGCUAUAGUCAGACGUUCGAAAGGAGCUGUUCAAGGUGUAAUCGAACGAUAUAUAGAUGGUGGGUUCACUACGGUCUGGUAG